GAGCUGUGUGAGGCUGCUCAUGGGGAAGAGAUGAGGUGCCCAGAUACUUCAGUUCGGUGCUUUGGCAGUAUUUUCUGAGCCACAGUUUCUGGAUUUUCCUGCUGGCGCAGGGGGAUCUGUGAGCUGCAGCUUCCUGGCAGGAUUCUGGGAACAGCACCAAACCCCCGACAGGCAGUGAGCAGGUUUUGCGCUCUGAGUCAGAAGCAGGCUGAGUGGAUGCAGCCUUCAAAGCAUGCAUCCAAGAUGGGGAAGGGGAUCUGUGCAAGGAGAAUAUUUCCACUGUGAGGCUCAGAGCCUGGGGGGACCCUCUCCUGCCAACACUCUCGGCUUCUGAUGAACAGACCAAGAGUCUUCCCCAAGGAGCAUCUUCAGCAGAAAGCAAAUAGUUGGCUGGAUUAACUGGCUGUCAUUCAGAGGGAACUUGGCAGAUCUAUUUUGCUUUUGUUGAACCUCUCUACAGCACAUCAUAAAGAUUUCCUAGGUCCAGAAGCUGCAGGAGAGACAACAGACAACUGAGCAGCAGAAAAAUGUGACUCUGAGAAGAAACUUCAAGCCUUCUGAUGAUGAAUUUUCUACUGAUCAGUUCUAAUUUAAAUAUAUAACUGAAGCAUGCAUAAAAGUUAACCUGAUAGGGAAAAAUACCUUCUCAUUAAUUAGAACUGCCAAAACCAAAAAGCAGUCACCUGAAGCUUCAAAAUGAGUGCCCCACUUGUUCCAAGCAAGUCAUGUUAUUCCCAGCUUCAGGACAACCGCAGUGAAAUAAGAAACAAUAAUGAAAGCAUAGUGAGUGUUGGGGAUACCAAUGCCAACCAAAUUGUAACAAAACUUAGAACCACUGACGGGGAUGUUAAGAAACAUGAUUUGACAGAUGAGAGUGGGAAUAUAUACUCUGGAGGAACAGAGAAGGUGACUCAUCUGCCUACAGACCAGAAUAAACUUCUGACCUUCAAAGACUCUCGAACCUGUCACGCCAGUGCACAGGAAAGUAAGCUGCCCUCCACCACAGGCAGGGAAAUGGGGAAAGAUUGUAGGACCAGUGAAGCUAAGGAUAUAUCAAGGCAUAUCAGGAUUAGCCGAGGACAAAGUCUGUCCAAUUUAAAAAGUAGCACAAAUGAUGCCAGCCUGGAGGUUGUCUCCAAAGGUGAUAUUGACUUCACCCAGAACUUUCCUAAGGGAAAAAUGUCCAGGACUGUGGAGGUGGAGAGAAUAAAAAGGCUUUCUUUGGGAAGACCAAGUAAAUUUUCUCCUCAGCCUGAAACAUUUGUAAAAGACGGCGUUGGCCGCGUGUCGUGUAAACGUCUGCUCUCUGCAUCAUUGGACUCCAUCGACAGGUCUCACCACAUGGUAGGAAGUACAGAGAAAUCCCAAAAAACAUCCACAGAUCAUUUUCUUGGGAUGGUGUUUUGUCCACUUGACAAUACCUCAGAGGAAAAUACUGUAUUUUAUUCCAAACCAUCUACCUCAGGGAACAAGAAAACAAGUAAAGCAGAAAAUGUACCAAAUGUUAGCAUUGAAAGCACACUGCAUACUUCUCAUUCUCAACAUUCAGCUGUUAAGCUCAAUGAGGUUGCUAGUAAAUCAGAAGCACAAUUAGGUCAGGGUGAUAAAAGUAAAAAACUGGAGCUUAGGACUGCACCAUCUCUACAAUAUAAAAAUGCGUGUCCACAAAAGAUAGAGAGAAUUAUGCUAGUAGAGUUCCUGGGAUGUCCAAGAGCUGAAAAUACAGCAGUGCAGGAACAGAAAAACUCUGUGUCUGACAUGUCAAAAUUUCAAGUAUCCCAUUUUCAAGACACUUGUAAUAGAGUAGAGGACCCAUUGUCAAGCCAGGUAGUAACUCACCCUGAUGAUAAAUUGCAAAAUGAUAACAUCACUGUCAGAGAAGGGAGAGGAAGCAAUGACAGUGACAGCAGGGCAACCAGCCAGGCUGAUGAGGAAUAUUUUACUGAUGAGGAAAUGGAAACAAUAUUUCCACUCACCUGCAGUAGUAAAUCCAGCGUCAAAGUGACACUGAGGAAAAACAAAAAUUUGCAUGAAGUUGACCCAGGUUGCACUGAAGUAGUUGGUGAACAGAUAUCUCUUAUACGUGAUAUUAAUCCACCUGACAGCAAACCCUUGAAAGUUAAUGAGAAUAAACUGAUGCUAGUAAAAGAAAGCACCGAGGAUGCUGUUGUGCCUGCUUCUGAUCCCUCAGAUCAUCACAGAGCGCACAGUGCAGAGACAGUGUCAAACCAACAACCUGACAGUCACAGCAGUGACAUGGAAACCUCAAAUGUUUCAGUUUCAAGUACAGAAACAGCUAAUGUACAGAAAAAUCCUCCAGAGGAAACACCAGAGAGCUGUAACAUUCCAACAAAGGCUGAUGUCUUUUUAUGUGUCCCUACUCCUGUGCGCCCGGUGGCAACACCGGCUGUUAAUGGUCAGUCCACGCUAUCAAACAGUAAUUUGAAGGACCUUUAUGCACUUCAUGAUGACAAAUUGUCACCCUCCUCAGUCCUACCUCCCAUUGACAGCACACAGUUGUUAAACAUAUCCCCUAAAGUGCCUAUCAAGACUGCUUGCAGCAGCGCCAUCCCAAAACCUAUCCUGGUCCACCCCAAGGGCUCCCCCACAGAAAAGGCUGGUGUGGACAGUGACUGCAGUGAAAAGCUGGAAGAAGGCAUUGAGAUAAAACCUGCCAUCCCCCGUCCCAAACCUGUGAGACCUAAAAUCAUCACGUACAUUAGGAGAAACCCUCGCUCAAUAGAGCAGCUCGACCCUUUGUUUGCGCCAGCAGGGCUGCCCUUCGACAGCCCCGCGUGCAGCGUGCCCAUCUCUGCGGAACAGAAGGCGUCCAACGGAGGGGAGGCGAAGCCCACCAGCAUCCUGUAUGACAAAUUUAAGCCUGACCUCCAGAAGCCAAGACUCUUUGGUUCUGGACUAGUGGUGUCAGGAAUUAGGCCGCCAGGUCAUCACUUCAGUCCGAUGAGCGAGAAGUUUCUGCAGGAGGUUGGGGACAGGCCUGCAAAGGAUGAAUUUUGCCCUCCACCGUACAGUCACUAUGAGGUGCCACCAAGCUUUUACCGCUCUGCCAUGAUCCUGAAGCCACAGUUAGGGCUGGGUGCAGUGUCGAGGUUGCCCUCUGCCAAGAGCAGGAUUCUCAUUGCCAGUCAAAGAUCCUCAGCGAGUUGUCUCCAUCAGCAAGGAGAAAUAACAAGUGCUCCCAGCCUCUACCAUCCUGAUGCUUCAGUUGAUCUUAAGAAAGGAUCAUGUCCAAGUGCUGCAAAAUCAAAUCUCCCCAAGCCCUGCCCAUCUGGACUUCGUCCCCCAGGUUAUUCACGGUUGCCAGCAGCUAAGCUGGCUGCAUUUGGUUUUGUCAGGAGCUCCAGUGUGUCCUCUGUCUCCAGCAACCAGUCAAACGACAGCGCUCAGAGUGACCAGAGCAGGACAACCAACCGUUCCAGCUUCGGAAAUGAAGAGCAGCCCACCCCUAGGGCAUCUGCACCUUCUAAGGAUGCUCCCAAGGGGAGCAGCAAAAGCACGACGCAGGUAUCGAGCAGCACAGCGACUCCACGCAGGAGCUUACUGCCAGCACCAAAAACUGCCACAGCACCCGCUGGUGUGAAGAAAGAAGUACAAAAAGAUCAGGAUGCUAGCAGACCAGCUGUUUCAUCCCCUAAGAAAUCAGCAGUAACAGCCACAAAACUCCAUUCACCAGGACAUCCCAAGCAAAGGCCAGCCACCCCAAAGAAUGGAUUCUCCCCCAAACCAGGAGAGGGGCGAGACACUGAGAAGCAGUUCAUUCAGAAACUGAAGGAAAAGUGUGAGGAGCAGUCUCGGCAAUUAAUCAAUAUCCAAAAUGAGCUUAAAAGGGCCAGCUGUGGCUUUGAUGUCUUUGCUAUAACAACACAGUACUUUUUCAGGCAGAAUGAAAAUGCCCUUGUGAAAAUAAAGGAGUUAGGAGUCGAGCUUGCAAAGAUCAGGGAGGAAGUUGAGCUCAACACGGCGAGAUGGAAGAAGCUGCUGAGCGAGAAGGAGGAGCUGGAGAGGCGAUUUGAGGAGGAGGGGAAGCAGCUCCGCAGGCAGCAGCAGGAGGAGAUGCAGGCAUUGGAGCAGCGGCUGCAGGAGGAGUACAAGGGCAAGAAGGAGAGCCUGCAGGAGCAGCACAGGCUGCAGCUGGAACAAGCCAAGUUGCAGCACCAGGAUCAGGUGGAAGAUCUCACAGCUGUGCAUGAAGCUGCAAUGUCACAGCUGGAAAACAACCACAUAGUGGCCAUUACAGUACUGCAGGAUGAGAAUGACUGCAAGAUUCAAGAACUGAAUACUGCUCACAAACUGGAAAAGGCACAACUAGAAGAGAGUUUUGAAAAGCUGCGUCUGUCACUCCAGGACCAGAUAGACACCCUCACCUUCCAGAAUCAAUCUCUUAAAGCCAAAGCAGACCGGUUUGAAGAGGCUCUGAAGAAAAACACUGAGGAACAACUGAAGAUUGUGCAAGCUCCGUAUCUACACUUAGAAAAAGAUUUGAAGAGCUUAAAGCACGUUCUGGAAAUGAAGAACCUCCAGAUUCACCAACAGGAGAAGAUGAUUAUGGAGCUAGAAAAACAGGUUGAAAAGAAUUUAAAGCUGGAAGAAAAGAUCACUAUGCUGCAACAGCAGAAUGAAGAACUCAGAGCCAGGAUUGAGCAAAAUACUGUCAUAACAAGGCAACUGUCGGAGGAGAAUGCAAAUCUUCAAGAAUAUGUUGAGAAAGAAGUGGAGGAGAAGAAGAAGCUCAGCAGGACUAACGAGGAGCUCCUCUGGAAGCUGCAGGAGGGAGAUGCUGUGAGCCCCGUCAAACUCCCACCCGCACCAUCCACUCCUUUUUAUCGCUGCUCAUCAGGGAACUCCUCUCCAGCAAAAGUCAGAACCUUGAGGCGAUGAAUCGGCAGCCGUGUGCCAACGGCUCCCUGCCUUUUAUGCAUUUCCAACCUACAAAUUGUUACCAUCCAAGGAAGUACUACCAUCAACAGGCGCCCAGGGUUCAUGGCUGCAAGCAUGUUCUGUAGCCGCAUAGCUUUACACUAGGCAGGAUACUCUUACAGUCUCCAUAUAGAAACUCUUGGUUCUGACAUGUUGAUUAGGGUAGCAAAAACGAUAGCCAAGAACUAGAACAGCAGAAAGUUAGGAUAGCAAAAGGUUUAGUUUGUUGUGUGAACAUUUUAAGUAUGGCUAGAGCCAAAAGUUGGGAAAUGCUCUAUUAGUGGUUCAUCAGAAUGAACUUUUGCUGCAGUAUUUCAGGUUAGCUACAAAUAGAGUUCAAGUUGUGAAUAUUUCUGUAUAUGUGUCUGUGUUUAUAUACAUGUACGUAUUGUACCUUUAUACCUAUAUAUAGACGCACACACAUAUCUAUGUAGUUGCAGAUGUUCUGAAUUACAUUUUUUAUAUUAUUGGAUACUACUAAGUGCUGAUAUAUUUUCAUUACAGUCAGCAGUUUUCUAACUCGUGCCUAAGACUUGUAUCUAAACAAAAUGCAUUUCUGUUUAGCCUCCCAGGAAUAUUUAUACCCAACCUAGAAGAAAGUUAAACCGAAGUAGAAGCGCCUUCCAAGUGACCACCAAGUGGUACUCUAUGUAACAUGAACACCAGCGAAUUUGAAAUUCUAAGACAGUACUGCCUUCAAAACCAUCACCUUUGCAUUGAACACCAGAAAAUAUAUGCAUACCAUCCACUGCUUUUUAACUCCUAGCAUUGAUAUUGUAAGUGGAGAUAGGCUAGAGAUGAGAAAACUGAGAGUUUUAGCAAAUUUGGUAGAGGUUACUGGUUAACAUGGUUCAACUUUUGUGUCUUUGUUUCAAUCCUAGUCAGAUCUUACCUUGUUUUACCUUGUCGUGGUUAGGAUGCAAUCAAAAUCUCUGGCUGUAGGUUUCUGUCCAUUCUGUUUUAUUUCAAGUCCCAGAAGCAAGGAGAAAUAAGUUGUUUAUCCUUGGCCUUUGCUGGAUGAGAGUUUUCCAGUAGUAAGAUGAGAUCCUGGGCAUUUGCUAGGGCUCUAGUUUCCUUCCACCUCAAAUGCCAAAUAGAGCAUAGCUGACUUCAUAGGUGCAGAUGAGGUCAAAAUUUCUUUCCUUCCACACAUCUGCUUUAUUUCACAUUGCUACAGCUUACCCAGAGUUACAGAGCACUUUGAAGAUUCAUGGAAAUGACUGGCUAAACUACCUUUAACUUUCCCAUCUAGAAGCAAAAAUGUUCACCCAGGCUUGGGGUGACCUCCCACCUGAGGGGAUGGUGAGGCCGAGGAGUAGUUGGGGUGACACUGUCUGCAGGGCCCUCAUGGGCAUUUCUAACAAGACAAAAAUAUCCCUGAGCAUAAUUUUAAAAAACAAAGAGAUCUGUGGGAUGCUUUUCUACCCAGCUUAGGUCAAAGAGCCUGCAUGCAGGCCUGCUCUGUGCACUGGGGUCAAAGUUAGCAGGGCGACAGCACCUGGAAGAAAUCCCUGAGGUGCAGGAGUGCUGCAGGGAGGGUCGCUUUCUCACCUGGGUGUGUGGUGGCACCA